UCCAUAGCAGCGGCACGUCCAGGGCACCGCACAGAUUUCUGGGUAAGAGGCUGUCAAAUCUUCAUCACGACUCGGCUGGACGGCGAACUCAGCAACACCUUGGCCAAAAUUACCUUUUCACGUCAGACAUUUAUCGCCCAGGUCCCGUCAUGCGGAGUGUGAACCUGCUCCUGAUACCCACCCUGCUGCUCCUCCUGGCCCUUCCUGUGUCCAGGGGCCGCUACAGCGAUGAUUUUGACGAUGGCGAUGACCUGGCUGACUUCGACGACAAUGACUUUGCCGAGUUCGAGGACAUGAAUGAGGAUACCGCCGCUGAGGCAGAAACCGUCCCUCCGCCUCGCGUGUCCCCCUCCUCGCAGCCCGAGGAGGAUGAAGAUGAAGACGAAGCCACAGUGGAGCUGGAGGAUGGACAGGAUGGCUUUGAGGACCCGGAGACGCAGGAUCAAGAUAUAUACAGCAAAUAUGACCAAGAGGAGUUUGAGGGGAUUGGGGACAUGGAGAAGACCAGCCAUUCCUUGAAAGACCCUCUCAUAAUCCACACAGUUCCUGCACAUUUGCAGAACAGCUGGGAGAGUUACUACAUGGAGAUCCUGAUGGUGACUGGCCUGCUGGCCUACAUAAUGAACUAUAUCAUCGGCAAGAACAAAAACAGCCGCCUGGCUCAGGCCUGGUUCAACUCCCACAGAGAGCUCCUGGAGAGCAACUUCGCGCUAGUGGGUGACGAUGGCACAAGCAAAGAGGCAGUGAGCACUGGGAAGCUGAACCAGGAAAAUGAACAUAUCUACAACCUGUGGUGCUCCGGGCGUGUCUGCUGUGAAGGCAUGCUGAUCCAGCUCAAGUUCCUGAAGAGGCAGGACCUGCUCAAUGUUCUGGCCAGGAUGAUGAGGCCAGCCUGUGAUCAGGUGCAAAUCAAAGUGACUCUGAAUGAUGAGGACAUGGACACAUUUGUGUUUGCUGUGGGCACCAAGAAGGCCAUGGCCAGGCUUCAGAAGGAGAUGCAGGACUUGAGUGAGUUCUGCAGCGACAAGCCUAAGUCUGGGGCCAAGUAUGGCCUCCCAGACUCCCUGGCUAUUCUAACGGAGAUGGGCGAAGUCACUGAUGGAGUAAUGGACAGCAAGAUGGUACAUUUUAUUACCAACCAUGCUGACAAGAUCGAGUCCAUCCAUUUUUCGGACCAAUUUUCUGGUCCAAAAGUUAUGCAAGAGGAGGGUCAGCCCUUAAAGCUGCCUGAGACCAAGAAGACGCUGCUGUUUACAUUUAAUGUGCCUGGCAUGGGCAACACCUCUCCCAAAGACAUGGACACUCUGCUUCCUCUCAUGAACAUGGUGAUCUACAGCAUCGACAAGGUCAAGAAGCUCCGUCUCAACAGAGAGGGCAAACAGAAGGCUGACAGAAACCGGGCUCGCGUGGAGGAGAACUUCCUGAAGCAGACCCACGCUCAGCGCCAGGAGGCCGCCCAGACACGCAGGGAGGAGAAGAAGAGAGCCGAGAAGGAGAGGAUCAUGAAUGAGGAGGACCCUGAGAGACAACGUCGACUGGAGGAAGCAGCCCAGCGCCGUGAGCAGAAGAAGAUUGAGAAGAAGCAGAUGAAGAUGAAGCAGAUCAAAGUGAAAGCCAUGUGAAGAGGGAACACUACAGGCGUAAGGAUACAAGCACACAUGGAAGCAGUGCUCAGCUCAUACAGUUUCUACAGCUUCUCUCAUGGCUGAAUGCAGCUCUGGCUCACAGUCUUUCCAGCGCCAAACAGACACUCCCACCACACGGGAGUCUCAAGCUUCGCUGUCUCUGUCCUCACCUCGUCCAUUCGGUGUGGCUUUACCUCGGCUGUGGGUGAACUGUCUGUGUCCACUGAGAGGGACUGACGAUUCUUCAGCAUCACAUCUGUCUCAACAAUUCAUGCCAAUUUCUUUUGUUGUUCUUGUUGCUUUUUUUUUUUUUUUUUUCCUGUUUGACUCUCUUCCAAAAAGUCUGUGUCAGAGCAGUGAGCUUUUAUAAAUCUAAUCUACAGGGAAGGAGUAAACCAUAUGAUGGUAAUAAACAGCUCACAUUUUAAAAGGAAUGACGAUCAAUUGAAAAAUCCAUUUAAGAUUAAGAAAAUUUUAAUUUAUAUCUAUUGAGAUUGUUUUUCACACACCAUGUGUUUCUGAUGAAUGUCUGAGCAAAUAUAAUAAAAUGCACUGGAAACUA